AUGGAUGCUUUUCAAUUAAUGACAAGUAUAUUAUCACAAAAUUUAAACAAUCAAAAUGGUGUUCAGACAAAUUCAUUUAGAAUAUCACCUUUAACAACAGUUAAUUGUAUUUUUCCUGCAACAGCUGCCGCUGCUGAAGCUGCUGGUCUUCAUGCAACAGCUACCUUCUCCACAGAUUCCUCCUCAAUUCAAUCAGCAUCUGGAAGUUCCAGGACAACAAUAUCAUCACUACCAAAUGAAGAAGCUAAAACAACAGCAACGGUAAUUGGUAAUAAUCAUAAUAAUUCAUUUGGUUCAAUGACAAAUAUCCUAGCAAUACCUAAUAAUAUUCGAGCAUCAAUACAAUCAGCUUUUAAACCAAUUUCUGGAAAUCAACAACAGAUAAAUAAUUACCCCACUACCACUUUAAGAGAUGAAUUUCCACAAAAUUUUUUUAGUAAUGCUUUUGCAAAUUUAAUUACACCUCCUGAUUUAUCUGAAUCAACAACCAGUUCCUCAAAUGAUAAUUCCACAACAUCAUCCUCCCCUGAUAGUACGUUAGCAAAAACAACAUUUCUUUGUCAGGUUUGUUCUGAUAAAGCUUCCGGUUUUCACUAUGGUGUCUUUGCUUGUGAAGGUUGCAAAGGAUUCUUUAGAAGAUCAAUUCAGCAAAAAAUUCAAUACCGACCUUGCUCUAAAAGUCAACAAUGUGCCAUUGUACGUAACAAUAGAAAUCGUUGUCAAUAUUGCAGACUUCAAAAAUGCAUUGCCGUUGGCAUGUCUCGAGACGCUGUACGCUUUGGAAGGGUACCUAAAAAAGAAAAAGUUAAGAUGGUUGAAGAGAUGCAAAAAGCUAGUGUUAGAUCACAUCUUGAUUCAUUAGCUGUUGAGUUAGAAGAUGAUCAAGCUCUUGUUUCUGGAAUUGAGAUGGGAUUCAAAGAAUUGCGAAGGUCUGUUCAAAUGACUUUAUCAAUGAGUAUUAGUCAAAGAAUUAGUGAAUUAACUAGUGGAAUAUCUGGUUCAUCAUGGCAUACAACAACUUUGGAUCCAAAUCAAUUUAAUCCAUUAAUAGAGCAUGUUUAUAAUUUUUCUAAAUCAGUCAAAGGAUUCCAUUUAUUAUUCCCAAAAGAUCAAGUUCAAUUAUUAGGAAAAUCAUUAUAUCAAAUAUAUCUUAUUCAAUUAUCAAUUCUUCAUCCAGAAGAAUAUUUAAAUUCACUUACAGCUGUUCCAUUAACAAAUCCAUUGACAAAUUAUAUAUUUCUUCAUAAUUAUUUACCAUCAGAUCAUGGUAAUUUAUUAAAAGAUAGUAUUAUGGAAUUUAUUCAAAGAUUUAGGAUGAUGAAUUUAAAUGAAAAACAAAUAGCUAUAUUUACAGCUUUAAUUAUGUGCCAACCAGAGAAUGGUGUAACAACAACAACCCAAUGGCAACAGGCAUCAAUGGUUAAAAUGUUACAGGAAAAAUUAUGGGUUGCCUUACAACAAAGUCUUAUACCAUUAAAUCCUGAUCCAAUGUUUUCAUUGACAAAUCCUUUAUUAGUUCAAUCAUUAUUAGCUAGUUUUAAUGAUUUAAGAAAUCUUGCAAAUAGUCAUAUAGAUAAGUUAUCUAGAAUACAGGUAACAACUAAACUUCAUCAAAAUUUAGUACAACAAAUACCAUAUUUUCAACCAUUUACUACUUCAGCAACAGUUGGUCCUAUUAUUGUACAACAAGGAACACCAAGUCAUAACAUAUCAACAAUAUCUUUACCAUCUCCAAGUCUUUCUUCAACAUCCUCAAUUCAAUCAUCUAAUAAUAAUACUAUAUUAGGAAAAAAUAAUACUAUUUCAUCAGUUGUUUCAAUUGUUGGAAUAUCUGGAAAUAAUAGUAAAAAUAAUAAUAAUAGUAUUAAUAGUAAUAAUAAUAGUAAUAGUAGUAGUUUAGCUGAUGAUAUGCCAUGUUUAAGAAAAGCAUUGGAAAAACCACCAACAAUAAAUAUUAAUAAUGAUAUUAAUAAAAGGGGUACAAUAAUUAUAACAAAAUCUAUUGAUAGUAAUGAAAAUAAUAAUUUAAGAAAUGAGAAUGUACAACUAAAAGAAAGGUAUAGAACAAUUUCAUCAUUAUUGGAGACACCAAGUAUUAUAAAAAAUGAUAAUUUUUAUUCAUCAGAUGGGUAUAAAAGAAAUCAUGUAACUAGUAUAACAGAAAUUGUUAACAGUGUCGCUAGUAAUUAUACAAAUAAUGAUACAACUAAAAAUGAUAUUAUUAAAGAUGAAGUUAUUGUUGAUCAUUCCUCUACCCCUAUUAUUGAGGGUAUUGAUGAUGAACCAUUAGAUUUAUGUAUUAGAAAAGACAAAAAUUAA